AUGGAUUUUCGAAGGGAUUUUCGAUUUGUAAAGGACGUGGUGCGCUCCUUAGUGGCUUCGUGUCCUUGCCAGACCAUAAAACAGCUUGUUGACAACUACUUCUACCUAACAGGCUUCUCUAUGCCAUUUCUCAAACUGGAGGACGUGGAACUCUUCCUGCGCACCAUUCCGGAUACUGUUUCGGUUUUGGGCUACGGACUUGGGGCCCUUGUGGUGGGAGUUCCCAGCGCCAGAUCACAGUCAGUUCCCUUCUAUUACUGCCAGCAGCAGGUGCAGAUGCAGAUCUACAAAACCUUUCAGAAUCAUUAUUUCGCAACACAUAUAUUUCCGCAAUACAACUUCAACAAGUGGAGCAUUAAGCAGGGCAGACCACACCGUGGAGCCCUCAACUUAAACGGAUUUAGCCCACGGGGCAUCCAAAAUAAAUUGCUUAAAUCUGCUUAUGAACCAAAAACACUGGAGCAGAACCGACACCCGGCACUGGAAAGUGCAGUGGCAACUGUAGAUUUAGUUGAGGAAGAUGACCAAAACACACCCAAAACACAAAAUCUUUAUUCUGCAGAGGCUAAACCGCCACAAGAGCCAGUGGUCGAUGCAAAGGAACUGGAAGCAAAUUUAAGAAACUUAAAGGUCAAUCAAAGUUCGCUUUCCGAUUACCCCGAACUUUGUGUUCACUCAGAAUUCAAGCUGCCUGCUCGCGAUGUUGAAAGCACACUUAACUUGGAGGAACGCUUCGAAGUCCAGGUGGUAAAGGUUGACAGUCCACACAGUUUCAAGAUGUGGAUAUACGAUGAAAUGAUUCCUAAAUACUGGGAGAUGUCUUGCAAUAUGCAGACAACACUGCCUACCUGGUGCUGGUGGAUCCGUUGA